AUUAGUUCAUUGGUGUUUGGUGUAACUUGGUGAUUGAAUAUUGACAUUAAUCAAUAAUGUUCGAGACAAAAUGGUUAUUUUUAGUGAUAGCAACAAUCCUUGCAACUUCGGUCGGACAAAAUUUCAAUUUCCAUUCAACGUCACAAGAUACUGAUGAUUUUGGUUCAGGUCAACGUUUAGGUAAAAAUUUAUUGGAUUGGGUUGGUUUGGGCACUGGACCACAUGAAGAUCCAUAUAAAGCUCGUACAAAUUCAGCGUGUUUACAAGGAGAUUUAGCUGAAUGCUUUAAAUCGCAUGCAUUAAAUUCUUUUGAAGAAUUCUUUUCAAAGGAACGUUACGACUUAACAGAAAAUGCUCGUGUUGUACGUAUGCCCGUAGAACAAUUACGCUCUAUAGCUCAAGAACCAUAUGAGUAUUCUUCAGAACCACGAGCUGAUGAUAGUGAAUGGGAUCAUCUUGUCAAGUUUGCAAUGAGAAAAGUUGAAAAAUUCUUAAAAUCAACAGCAUUAGAAGUGAAAUUCUCUGAUGAAGUAACCGAACAUGGACGUUAUUCACCACGUUUUGUUGAUGAAAUAGCUGAUGAAAUUGAUAUUAUUGAAGAUAAAAAGGAUACAUUAUUUUCUCGAAAACGACUUCGAAAAUUAUUCAUUCCAUUCUUAAUCGUCUUAAAAUUAUUCAAGUUGAAAUUAUUAUUAUUUUUACCAUUGAUACUUGGUUUGGCCUCAUUUAAGAAAUUAUUAACAUUUUUGGCAAUAAUAAUACCAGGAUUAAUUGGUUUCUUCAAACUUUGUAAACCAGAUUUAGGACAAAAUACAUAUUUUGGUAAUGUCCCACAAUAUUCUAUUAAUGGACUUGGACAUUUGAAUAGUCAACAUUUAUAUAAGCCACAAUAUAAUCCUGCGUAUAAUAAUUAUGGACAUGGAGGAUAUCAUAGUCAGAGUAAUGGCGUAGCAUUUCGUGAAGAUCCAGGACAACAUUUAGCGUAUAGUGGUUAUUCAGAAUAUCGUUCUGCAAAGACAGAUGUCAGUGCCGUUGGUGUUCCAGAAACAUCUAGUAAAAAAUCAAUUUUACCUGAUUCAUAAACUAAAACAAAAUUAAAUCUGCUUAAUUAAGCAAUUUAGGGCUAUGAUAAAAUUAUUUAUGACAUAUCUAUUCUUUUGCUGACUAUUUUAAUUUCUUCAAAUAAUAUAAAUCAAAUAUUUAUAGAUUUAAAAAAGUGAAGAAUUUUUUAGACUACCCCUACACAAUCUAUUUUUUCGAGGAAACAUUCAAUGCCAACCUGUUAACCAAAUAAACAAAACCUGCGAAACUUAACUUCUAAAACUACCCACAACACAAGACAAUCAUUUUUCUCUUAUUUCCAGAAAAUCAGUUAGAAAUUUGUCCUGUUUGUUGAAUAUACCAUUCAUCAUUCAUCUUAUGGAUAGAACACUAAUUUUUAUAGCAUUUAAAUCUGUAUUUUUUCCACUUGGAAAAAUAUCAUCUAGUCGUAAGAAUUCAAACAAACAAAAUAUCUAUAGCUACA